AUGUUAACAAUUGCUGAAAAGGUACAAUUGUUGGACAUGUUGAAGCAAGGGAAAAGCUACGCCGCUGUAGGACGCCACUACGGCAUCAACGAGUCCACGGUUCGUUACAUUAAGAAGGAUGAAAAGAGCAUACGAUCUACAGCCGCAGUGUCCUUUAACCAGGGCGCGAAACGAAUUGUUUGCGGAUGCGGAGAUGCUCUAGAAGACGAUCCUCAAUCUGGAACUUCUGCUGAAUCCCCCAGCGAGAGCUGUAAAUUUACUGCCAGCAAGGGCUGGUUUGAAAAUUUCAAAAAAAGGUUCAACUUGGCCAGUGUGAACCUGCAAGGAGAGGCUGCCUCCGCAGACAAAGCCGCAGCUGAGAAAUAUGUCGCAGACACGUUCAAGGCGAUCAUUGAGGAAGGCGGAUAUCAACCUGAAACCGUGUUUAAUAUGGAUGAGACAGCCCUAUUUUGGAAGCGGAUGCCGUCUCGUACUUUUAUAAUGAAGGGUGAGGCAAAAGUCGAUGCCCACUCCGAGCCGCUGAGCGAAUUAGAUUUGGCCGAGAUGACCAAGUCAGACCCAGCACAGGAAGAAGACGACCCCGGCCUAACUCUCGAGCGUCUCGCGACCAUUCUACAAAUGGCAAAAGAUCUACAGACAUCAGUUGAAGAAUGGGACCCGCAAAUGAUUCGAUCAUUGCAAUUUAAAAAUGCUAUUGACGGCGCCACGGAAGUGUACAGGAACCUCUUUACACAAAUGAAAAAGCAGCGUCAACAACUGCCCAUCACGAUGUUCCUCACCCGCAAAACACUGCCUAGUACGCCUUCAGUGGAAGAAGAAAGUCCAGAUGACGGCGGCGGUGCUGCACAGUCGCCUGAAGAGGCUCCUUUAGAACAGCUGUGACAGUGCAGUAAAUGUCAUCGUUAUCGGACAAGUCGUCGUGUCAUUGUUGAAAUAAAGAAGAAAAAUAAGAACAUUCUUACCUUACUUCCGGGUCGACAAUAUGGCUUCAACAACAACACAUGCAACUUCCGGUCCCUGCACUGUGACGUCACUUCCGGCCAUCCCUGAUGACAUCACUUCCAGCGCUUCCAUAUGACAUCAGUUUUACAGCCAUCUUUGAUGACGUUACUUCCAGCGCGGCCAUAAUGAUGUCACUUCUGGCCACUACAGAUGAUACAUUUGUCAUUUCCAGCAGCCAUUUUCUAUAUAAAUGCAUUGACCCAAACAUUCCUUGUCUUGUAUGAUCAAUUUUAAUUCAUUUUGAGCUUUUUUUUUUCAUCUUUGUCCUUAGGACAAUAUAUGGGGUCAUUCCUCAAAUCUUUUUGAGACUUCCAGUCUGUUAUUUCAUCACAGUGGUUAAAAAUGUUUAAAUUUGACUUCUUCAUCUUCAAAUGUGGUAUUACUUUUGUAAGAUGUGCAAACAUAAACCAAACAUAUCAAACAUUUUCUAGGUAUAGAAAAGGUUGGGGACCACGUUGUAGAGGGUAACUCUGCAUUGCUGUGUCUUCCCUCAUGACCCAGAUUUCCAACUGAGAUCAUGUUUAUCUGUUUCCUUUGCAUAAAUAUCUUCAGUUGACACACUAUAAUGUCCACUGGUUCUUCUGUAAGAAUGUCAGCUUUGUUACUGGAUACCCAGUUAGUUUUUCUUCCUAAUUGUUCUCUCUGAUUUGUUUGGCAUUGUUGUGCAUGCCAGUCUCCAUUCGGUUUACGUUCAUUUUCAUCGGUUUUCAUUUUUUAUGUAUCAGCUUGAUUGGUUGAGCUUAAUUGGCCCAACUUAUAUCUUAUUGUUUCCCAUCUUUCUGGUGUAUUUCCAUUACAUUAAAAAUGUCACAG